AUGAGCAGCCAGAUGAAAGACGCCAGCGGCAACCGCAUGGUCAAGGAUGACGGCCAGCCGUAUCUUAUCAAGGAUAGCAAGGCCAUGAGGACUCGUCGCAAGGAAAUAGCACAGCAGUUUAAUCAAAGUCCCAAGAGUAUUUACCCGUACUGGAGCGACCUCACUCAGACUUACACCUUUGAUGUCAAAUACGGUGAUGAUCCCACAAUAGGACCUUGUGCGACAAACGCCCGCGUCAUCGCUUAUACCAUCAUUGAAGGGUCCCUUGGCGCCAUCACACUAUGCGACGCGACAUUCAAUCCUCCGCACUCGCAAGCAACUUAUUUGAAAAUAACCAACCACCUUACGGCGGCGUUAAACCCCAAGAGAUCUCUGAAGUGCUUCCAGCCGGACGGGCUCUAUAUCACGAAUUGUUUCAUUUGUAUUGGGGCCUCUCAGAGAUGA